AUGAGAGACUGGUCGUCACUCUCUUCUCUCUCGGGGUGUGUGAAUGUGUAUAAACCACACGUCGUUGCCGCCGUUUUCUCGACGCAGUCACCGCGGUUUGCUCGCCGCCGUUUUCCGUCACAGUUCAAGUCUAUUGGUAUUGACGAGAAUAACCCAACACCCGUUCACAUUGAGAUCGCGAUUUCAUUUUUUCCAGUCGUUGGCAAAUGGAAUGGUGAGUAUCUUCAGUGCAGUAUUGAGGAAAUGCUUAAUAGGUUAAGCAGGCGUUGCUUCUGCACCUUUGCACCACGUCCUUGGCUUUUUGUGGGGUUGGGCAAUCCUGGCGACAAAUACAAAGGAACUCGCCACAAUGUAACUCUUCCCUUGCUUUUUUUGUUUUCUGCUUCUGCUUCUACAGUGGGCUUUGAGAUGAUUGAUGCAUUUGCUGAGUCGCAGGGGAUUCCUAUGAACACCGCCCAUUCCAAAGCCAUUUUUGGAAAAGGUUUUGUUGGUGAAAUUCCUGUUUUCCUUGCAAAGCCUCAGACUUACAUGAAUCUGAGUGGUGAAUCGAUUGAUAUUUAG